ACGUUUUAUAUGGGACCUGCUAAAUAGUAGGCUCACCAAACCUGAGAACAGUUUAACUGUUCCUGAGCAUCUUGAAAUUAGAAAAUAAAGAAUUUGUUUUCAAUGGGUAGUUUCAGGAUUCUAGGACUUUCAAUAAUUGUUUUCGGGGCUAUGGUAUCCAGUUUUGGUUGCUGUGAGGAGGACCCACAAUGCCAGCCAGGCUUCUCCUCAGAAAUCUACAUUUUCAAAGUAGACAGGACUCAUCUGCACAGGGGCAGGAGAGUUGGAAGAGUUAUUUUUGAUGACUGUAGUGGACGCCAGAGAGUUCUGUUUAAUUCAGAGGAUUCCCGUUUUAAGGUGGACACUGAUGGGACAGUGUCGCUGAAGAGGCCUGUAAACCUCUAUGAUGGACACAAAAGCUUUUCUGUUCAUGCCUGGGACUCUAAGGGCAGGAAAAUCACAACCACAGUUUGGGUGCAGUAUGAACCGUGGACCAGUCAGCAGGAGCAUGAGGUAGACAGUGGACCAUUUGGACAGCCUGUUUCCACUGAACCUGUUCCAGUGCUGGAAUUUCCACAGUCCUCAAAUGGGCUAAAAAGGAGGAAAAGGGACUGGAUCAUUCCACCCAUCAACUUUCCAGAGAAUGACAAGGGUCCCUAUCCAAAAGAAGUGGUGAAGAUUCGUACCAGCAAUGACAAAGAGGCAAGAAUACACUACAGCAUUACUGGUCCUGGAGCAGAUGAGCCCCCUAAAGGACUGUUUUUUAUGAACAAGUACUCUGGUCAGAUCUUUGUGACCCAGCCUUUGGACAGAGAGAAACAAGCACACUAUGCUCUCUUUGCUCAUGCUUCUGCUUCAGGAGGGACUCCAGUUGAGGCUCCAAUGGAAAUCAUAAUUAAUGUCAUAGAUAUGAAUGACAAUAAGCCUGUGUUUACUGAAGAUACAUAUGAAGGCAGUGUUCCCGAGGCAACGCAAGUAGGAUAUGACAUCUUAAUUGUCACGGCAACUGAUGCAGAUGAUCCCAAUACAGAAAAUGGUGAAAUUGCUUACAGUAUUUUAAGCCAAGAGCCAAAGGAGCCAAAUGGCAACAUGUUUGCUAUCAAUCCUAAUAGUGGACAGAUUAGGUUGAACUCCCCUGGACUCGACAAAGAGCAAUAUCCACAAUACAUACUGACUGUUCAGGCUGCUGAUCAGGCAGGCAAGGGUUUCCCAACAACCUGCACAGUGAUAAUCAAAGUAACGGACAGUAAUGACAGACAUCAAAUUAACAACAGUGCUCCUAAGUUUCCACGGCAUAUGUACUCAGCAUCUGUUCCUGAGAACAAGAAGGGUGCAGAAGUGCUGAGGUUGUUUGUGUACGACAGCGACGAGCCACUGACUCCUGGCUGGUUUACGAAAUUCCACAUUGUCCAAGGGAACGAUGACGGCUUAUUCAACAUCACGAAUGGACCUUGUCACAUGGAGGGUGUUAUUACCACAGUCAAGGCCCUUGACUUUGAGAAGAAACAUCAGCAUACUUUGCUGGUUGCUGUGGAGAACAUGAUUCCAUUUCGUCCUCAAAUGCCAACAGCCUCCGCUACGGUCAUUGUGAAUGUGGAGGAUGUGAACGAGGCAUGAAUAUAGGCCUCUGUAUCGCCCAUCAGAAAGGGGCUCAUAGGCACAUCUCCAUAAUGUUUCUUUAAAGAUAAUAAGAGGUAUUUCCAGUGUCCCAAUAUAAAUGCAUAAUUUUUUUGUUCUUGUCAUUCAGUAAGUUUGAUAAUUACCUUUGUUAAUCAGUUGGUGCACCUGCUGCUACGGAGAUGGGACAAACUGAGCCCCCAAAACACAGAGUGUAAGUCCAAGUUCUAAAAAAAAAGUGUAAAUGUGUGGAUUCAUUGAUCCACACCACAGCAAUAUUACAGUGGUGAUAACUUUAAUGCUGUCAGUAUUAUUUUGCCAGUGGCAAUUGUCAUGAAACUGAACGUAUUAAAUUUUUGCCAAACUGAAAAAAAUUUACCUCUGAGAGCACAAAUCCAGCCCUUUGUGUUGCCCUGGUACUUUCCAUGUAUAGUUCCUCUUCUUCCCUCCCUCAUGCGGUUCAACUGUUUAUAGCAUUUCUCUUAAUGUUUUAUUAUUCAGUGCUGUCUGAGCGGGCGUCCUUGCAUCCCAAAGGUUUUUCACAGUAAAGCACAUCGUAUUAUUUGUAAGAGGGGUGUGGUGGUGCAGUGGCACAGUGGGUUGGACCACAGUCUUGCUUUCUGGCAGGUCUGG